GUCGUCGUUAAAAUGGACGGAGAAAUCCCACGUUUUUUCAAAUCCCAAUGAAAAACGCCAACGCAUCUCCAUCAUCCUCGCUCGCCGUUUUCCUUUUCCAUUUCUUCUUUCUAUAUAAAAGCCAGCUCAAAUGAUUUCGUAGAUUCAAUUUCCAAAGGUCCCAAAGACCAAUCAAAGAGAAAAAAUAAAGAAGAAUUUUGAAGAUGGGUGUUGAUUUAGAGUCUUUAUCGGAGGCAACUUCGGGUGCUAUAGGGUCACUGUUAAGCACCACGAUUUUGUACCCUCUUGAUACCUGCAAAACCAAGUAUCAAGCCGAGGUUCAAGCCCACGGUCAACGAAAAUACAGGAACCUUUCAGAUGUAUUAUGGGAAGCAAUAUCUACAGGCCAAGUUCCUUCCUUGUACCAGGGCCUAGGCACAAAAAACCUGCAGUCAUUCAUUGCACAAUUUGUCUAUUUUUAUGGAUAUAGCUACUUCAAAAGACUGUAUCUAGAAAAGAGUGGUUCCAAGUCAAUUGGAACAAAAGCAAACUUGAUUCUUGCUGCUGCUGCGGGGGCUUGUACUGCUAUUGUCACUCAGCCUCUGGAUAUGGCCUCCUCAAGGAUGCAGACAAGUGCCUUUGGAAAAUCGAAAGGGCUCUGGAAGACCCUCACAGAAGGCACCUUGAGUGAUGCAUUUGAUGGCCUUGGCAUCUCUCUUUUGCUGACCUCAAAUCCUGCAAUUCAGUAUACAGUUUUUGAUCAGCUGAAACAACGACUACUUAAGAAAAAACUGAAGGAAGCAGACCAUGGCUCAUCCCCAGUAGUUCUGUCUGCAUUCACAGCUUUCUUGUUAGGUGCAAUAUCAAAGAGUGUUGCAACUUUUUUGACUUAUCCAGCUAUCAGGUGUAAGGUAAUGAUCCAAGCUGCAGAUCCAGAUGAUGAUGAUGAUAGAACUAAGAGAGCUCGACCAAAAUCCUGCAAAACAGUGUCAGGAGUUGUCUGUGCUAUAUGGAGAAGGGAAGGAGUCCUGGGCUUUUUCAAGGGAUUAGAUGCCCAGAUCACAAAGACUGUAUUAAGCUCUGCUUUGCUUCUGAUGAUCAAAGAGAAAAUUACAGCCACCACAUGGGUUCUUAUACUUGCUAUCCGAAGGUAUCUAUUGCUUACAAGGGGCAGACUGAAAAACGUGUGACAAGAAUAAUAAUAUCAGCUAUUAUUUGGAGAUAAGUGAAUAAUCAUCUGGCUUCAUUACAAACCAUUUGUGAUUUAUAGAGCAAGGUUCCAAUUCUUUGAAGCAUAGCUGCAGCAAAAUAGAUGCUCUUCUAUCCCUUGUUGCUUCAUCCUCCAAAUAAUUUUGUAUGUUGGAAUGCAAUGCAAUGACAGUCACAGUGAUGCUUGUAUAACAUUUUCUGUUGGAAUUAUAUUGAAGUAUUAUCAUCUGUCAA